AUGAGGUCGAUUACUUUAACUGAAUCCAUGCAUGAUAAAGUAGUUUGGCGAUCUAGAUUGGGUAUAGAGGUAGAUUUCAGUACAGCAACAGUAUGGGAUGAUGUAAGACAUGCUCAGAAUGAUGUCUCAUGGGGUAAGCUGGUGUGGUUUCCUCAAGCGAUUCCCCGACACUCGUUCUUUAUGUGGCUACUUGUGAAUCGAAGAUUGAAGACUCAUGAUGUUAUGGCUAAGUGGUCGGUGACGGGCAACACUAAUUUCAAUCUUCUUUGCUGUUCAUUAUGUAUGACAGGUCCAGAUUCUCAUGAACACUUGUUCUUUGAGUGUAAUUUUGCAUCCAAAGUUUGGAGUGGUGUAAAAGAUAGAGCGAGAAUGGCUGAUAUUCCGGAACAAUGGAACGCUAUUUAUGAUCAUUUGGUGGGGAUUGCCGCAUCCAAAAUGGCUCAGCAUGUGAUUUCGAAGCUUGUGGUGGCCGCGACAGCUUAUUUUGUUUGGCAGGAGAGAAAUGCUCGGUUGUUUUCGAAUAAGAAACGGUCUCCGGAAAAGUUAGCUGAGGUGAUUCUGACUACGGUGCGAUUGAAACUUCACACGUGUAGAUUUAAAAACUCGGUCCAAGUUCACUCGAUUCUUCAUGAUUGGAAGCUUCCUAGGGGUUUGCUGAUUGAAGACGAUGAUUGUGGCUAG